CUGCUGACGAGGCGGCUGGGGGGAGCCGCCAGCCCUGCGGGGCGAGCAGUCCGGCCCUGGGCUCCGCCGAGCUCCAGCCCCGCAGCCGCAGCGCUGCCCCCGCCGCCCGCCCGGCUCGGAGCGCGGAGCAUCAGCCCGGAGGCGCGGCCGAGCGGAGGGAGGGAGGAUGCGACAUGACCGGCCCUUUGGCAACCUGACCAUCUCCCCGGACCAGCCUCGGAGAGCCAGCUGGGGGCUGUGUGCGGGACCAGCAGGCGCCAGCCUCGCGGAUGUGUGUGUGUGUGAGUGUGUGUGUGUGAGAGUGAGGGUGUGUGCAUGCAUCCAGCCCGUGUGCGUGUCCGUGUGUGCAUGAGUGCACGGGUGCACGGGUGAGUGGGGUGUGUGUGUGUGUGUGUGCGCGCGUGUGGAUGUGUGUGUGUGUGUGUGUGUAUGUGUGUGUGCGCGCUCUCCUGGUUAUUAUUUUUGGGGAAGGAAAAUCUUGGCUAUCUGGGGCAGGUUCCGGUGCCUUUGCCUUGGUGUUUCUUCUGCAAGAGAAACUGACCAGACCACGCUGCUACAGACAUUUUAUUUUUUUCCCCCUCCACGACUCCGGAGAAUUUUUCUCCCAGAUCCAGAGGGAUUUUAAAACCCCCCCCCCCACCCCAGCUCUGCAGCUGAGUGAGAGAUUAGCCCCUAAACCUGUGAAAGCGACCUGAGCCUGUGAUUAGUGGGGACACAGAAAAGGAGAAAUAAGCCCAGCCGCCUGUCAGCGCCUUUCGGCCACGUUGGAAGAUGUCAUCUCAAACUAAGUUCAAGAAAGACAAAGAGAUCAUUGCGGAAUAUGAGGCCCAGAUAAAAGAGAUCCGCGCGCAGCUGGCGGAGCAGCUGAGAUGCCUGGAGCAGCAGGCGGAGUCGCGGCUGCAGCUGCUGCAGGACCUGCAGGAGUUCUUCCGGCGCAAGGCGGAGCUGGAGCUCGAGUACUCGCGGGGCCUGGACAAGCUGGCCGAGCGCUUCUCCUCCCGCAUCCGCGGCUCCCGGGAGCACCAGCUCAAGAAGGACCAGAACCUCCUCUCACCCGUGAGCUGCUGGUACCUGGUCCUGCACCAGACGCGGCGGGAGAGCCGGGACCACGCCACCCUCAACGACAUCUUCACCAGCAACGUCACCGUGCGCCUGGCCCAGAUCAGCGAGGACGUCGUCCGGCUCUUCAAGAAGAGCAAGGAGAUCGGGCUGCAGAUGCACGAGGAGCUGCUGAAGGUCACCAACGAGCUGUACACGGUCAUGAAGACCUACCACAUGUACCACGCCGAGAGCAUCAGCGCCGAGAGCAAGCUGAAGGAGGCCGAGAAGCAGGAGGAGAAGCAGUUCCGGGCAGGCGACCUGGGCAUGAGCCUGCUGAGGCACGAGGAGCGGCCGCAGAGACGCAGCUCCGUGAGGAAGAUCGAGAAGAUGAAGGAGAAGAGACAGGCCAAGUACUCGGAGAACAAGCUCAAGUGCACCAAGGCCCGCAACGACUACCUGCUCAACCUGGCGGCCACCAACGCGGCCGUCAGCAAGUACUACAUCCGUGACGUGUCGGACCUCAUCGACUGCUGUGACCUGGGCUUCCACGCCAGCCUGGCCCGCACCUUCCGGACCUACCUCUCGGCCGAGUACAACCUGGAGACGUCCCGGCACGAGGGCCUGGACGUCAUCGAGAACGCCGUGGACAGCCUGGACGCGCGCAGCGACAAGCACGCGGUCAUGGACAUGUGCAACCAGCUCUUCUGCCCGCCGCUCAAGUUCGAGUUCCAGCCGCACAUGGGGGACGAGGUGUGCCAGGUCAGCGCCCAGCAGCCCGUGCAGACCGAGCUCCUGGUGCGGCACCACCAGCUGCAGUCCCGGCUGGCCACGCUCAAGAUCGAGAACGAGGAGGUGCGGAAGACCCUGGACGCCACCCUGCAGACGCUGCGGGACAUGCUGACCGUGGAGGACUUCGACGUGUCCGACGCCUUCCAGCACAGCCGCUCCACCGAGUCCGUGCGCUCGGCCGCCUCCGAGACCUACAUGAGCAAGGUCAGCAUCGCCAAGCGCAGGGCCAACCAGCAGGAGACCGAGACCUUCUACUUCACGAAGUUCAAAGAGUACGUGAACGGGAGCAACCUCAUCACCAAGCUGCAGGCCAAGCACGACCUGCUCAGGCAGACGCUGGGGGAAGGGGAGAGAGCGGAAUGCGGCACCACCAGGCCCCCCUGCCUUCCCCCUAAGCCACAGAGAAUGAGGAGACCUAGGCCUCUCUCAGGGUGCAGCCGUAAGCUAUUUAACGGCUGCAUGGAGGCGUUCAUUAAGGACUCCGGACAGGCCAUCCCGCUGGUGGUAGAGAGCUGCAUCCGGUACAUCAAUCUGUACGGUCUGCAGCAGCAAGGCAUCUUCCGCGUGCCCGGCUCCCAGGUGGAGGUCAACGACAUCAAGAACUCCUUCGAGAGAGGCGAGGACCCGCUGCUGGAUGACCAGAACGAGCGCGACAUCAAUUCCGUCGCGGGGGUUUUAAAACUCUACUUCCGAGGGCUGGAGAACCCGCUCUUUCCUCAGGAAAGGUUCCAAGACUUGAUAUCUACCAUCAAGCUGGAGAACCCCGCCGAGCGGGUGCACCAGAUCCAGCAGACGCUCGUCACGCUGCCCCGCGCCGUCCUCGUGGUCAUGCGCUACCUCUUCGCCUUCCUCAACCACCUCUCACAGUACAGUGACGAGAACAUGAUGGACCCCUACAACCUGGCCAUCUGCUUCGGGCCCACCCUCGUGCACAUCCCCGACGGGCAGGACCCCGUGUCCUGCCAGGCGCACGUCAACGAGGUCAUCAAGACCAUCAUCACGCACCACGAGGCCAUCUUCCCCAGCCCGCGGGAGCUCGAGGGCCCCGUCUACGAGAAGUGCAUGGCGGGCGGGGAGGAGUACUGCGACAGCCCCCACAGCGAGCCCGGCACCAUCGACGAGGCCGACCAGGACAACGGCACGGAGCCCCACACCAGUGACGAAGAGGUGGAGCAGAUCGAGGCCAUCGCCAAGUUCGACUACGCGGGCCGCUCGCCCCGGGAGCUGUCCUUCAAGAAGGGGGCGUCGCUGCUGCUCUACCACCGCGCCUCCGACGACUGGUGGGAGGGGCGGCACAACGGCGUGGACGGGCUCAUCCCGCACCAGUACAUCGUGGUCCAGGACAUGGACGACGCCUUCUCGGACAGCCUGAGCCAGAAGGCGGACAGCGAGGCGAGCAGCGGGCCCCUGCUGGACGACAAGGCCUCCUCCAAGAACGACCUGCAGUCCCCCACCGAGCACGUGGCCGACUAUGGCUUCGGGGGCGUGAUGGGCCGAGUGCGGCUGAGAUCGGACGGAGCAGCCAUUCCCCGGCGGCGGAGCGGGGGCGACACGCACAGCCCGCCCCGGGGCCUGGGGCCCGGCAUGGACACGCCCCCCCGGGCCGCCGCCUGCCCCAGCAGCCCCCACAAGAUCCCCCUGAGCCGGGGGCGCCUGGAGAGCCCCGAGAAGCGGCGGAUGGCGACGUUCGGGAGCACGGGCAGCAUCAGCCACCCGGACCGGAAGGCGCCGGCCGAGGGCCACCCCGCGCGGCCGGCCUGCGGCUCCACCAGGCACAGCAGCCUGGGCGACCACAAGUCCCUCGAGGCCGAGGCCCUGGCAGAAGACAUCGAGAAGACCAUGAGCACGGCGCUGCACGAGCUGCGGGAGCUGGAGCGGCAGAACACGGCCAAGCAGGCGCCCGACGUGGUGCUCGACACGCUGGAGCCGCUGAAGCACCCGCCGGGGCCGGCGGGCUCGGAGCCGGGCAGCCCGCUGCACACCAUCGUCAUCCGGGACCCCGACGCGGCCCUGCGGCGCAGCGGCAGCGCGUCCACCGAGAUGAUGACCACGUUCAAGCCCGCGCUGUCGGCGCGGCUGGCGGGCGCGCAGCUGCGGCCGCCCCCGGUGCGCCCCGCGCGGCCCGCCGUGCAGCACCGCUCCAGCAGCUCCAGCAGCUCGGGCGUGGGCAGCCCCGCCGUGACGCCCACCGAGAAGCUCUUCCCCCACAGCGCCGCGGACAAGUCGGGCACCAUGUGACGCGCGGCCGGGCGGGGCGGUGGCAGGCCCUGCCCGCGGGGUCCCGGCCCCUGGGGCGGCGGCGGCGGCGGCGGGGCCGCGCGUGGGCCCUGCGCACCGCACCGGGAAGCGCCUCUGCCGACCCCUCCGCGCGCGCGUGCGCACGCGUGCCUGCCACGAGUCCGCGCGUGUGUGCAAGCGUGUGUGCACCGUGCACAUGUGUGGUGUGCGCGCGCGUGUGUGCCCACGUGUACUCACGUGUGUGUGUGCGCGCCGUGUGUGCACACGUGCCCAUGCAUACACCGGUGUGCGCACGCAUGUGUGUCCACUGUGCACAUGCGUGCCGUGUGCGUGCACGCCCGUGCCCGUGUGUGUGCCCCUGUGCCGUGUGUGUGUGCGGGCAGGUCAGUAGGUGUGUGUGUGUGUGUGUAUAUAUAUAUUUAUGCAUCUCUAUACAUAUACUAGGCCUGGAUGCGCGCGUACUAAAUGUACAUAGGAAUCUCCUUUUUCUUUUUAUGAAACUUAGAUUUACCUCAGACCCCGCCACCAGGCAUCUCCCGCCCAGUGACUUGGCGGGACUUGCAGGGACUCUUGUGGUCGGCUGCCCGGGCGCACGGUCGCUGCGAGUGAAGCAAUAGUCCACUCCCCGCAGAACCACGCGGCGGCGACCCCGCCGUCUCCACAAGCCGUGGCCUUCCCGAACAGUCACCCCGGAAGGAAGGGGGGCGCGGGGGUGUCCCUCUCCACACCCUCCCCCAGACACUGGCCCAUCCACUCGGACCCCGGCCCUGGCCGCAGCCUCCGGCUGGUGGCUGAAGGGGAGACAGUGGUGCAGGGCGGGGAAUGGGCAGUGCGGGCAGGGCCGGGGACUCGCUGGGAAGUGCUCCGUGCCACCUGCAGACGUCCAACUUCUGCCCCUUUUUGAACCUUCACUUUUGGGUUUCCUCUUUCUACUCAGUCUUCUGUGCCGGACCCGAGUCCUCAGUCACACACACUGGCCCUCCGAGUCACCGUGGGCGACCCCCAACACGGCGUGUGGGAGCCCCGUGAGCUCCGCUCAGAGGGGGCCGCCCGGGGCUGCCCCUCCCCCCUGCCCAGUCCGCUCCGCCUCUGGCUCAGCUGGAGCCGGGGAGGGCCGUGCGGGGUUGGGAGCGGGGUCGGGGACCCUCCUCGCCCCGUUCCUAGUGGGACCUCUUGGCUGUUCGGAGCCCGGUGGGCCCGAUUCUCAGGGGACCGCGUCUCCUUGCCCUCCUCCCACUCACCCCAGGGCACCCCGACUCCUGCCAGCAUCACCCGUUCCUCUCUCCCAAGGCCUGGGGGCCCUUUCCGGAGUCGGGGUCCCCACGCCAUCACAUGCACGCAGGGGCCCCGCCCUCCCUCGGUGAGACAGUCUGUCACCCCCACCUCCCACCCGGCCUUCUCCAGCCUCGGGGGGCUCUAGUCAGGAGUACGCACCAUCUCAUGCAGGGACCCCCGCCGCCCCUCCCGGCCUGGCCUCUCUUCAAAGGUAACUACACCCCAGGGGGCUGCAGAGGUGGGGGACGGAGCCCAACCGUUCCCUCCCCGCCUCCCCGCAAACUUGCCUUGUUUUGCUCAGAACCACCCCUCGGCUCCCGGCCGCUGGGCAGGAGGGGGCCGUGAGCGUGAGCCUCGCCCCGCUGUCUGGCCCGGGUCCCCCCCAAGCACCAACCACCACGCGUGGGCUGGACACGAGCCCAGAGACACUCCUGGCCCAUGUCCUGAAGCCACCCUUAGUGCAACAGGCUCUCUGUGACCCCCACAGCAGAGCAAGCCCGUGGGGGUGGCCCGCCCUGCAGCGCUAGGCCCCCCCACACCCACCAGCCUGCCCGCCCUGCCCACUCCCUGCCCUGCACACACGCAGACACCCCGCCGCCCCGGCCCAGACUCAGCCCCUGCUGUCCACACCGCAUUCCUCCACGGUGGGAAGCCUCCAACCCCCCCUCCGUCCGAGCCGGGGUGCAGGGCCGUGGAGGGGCGCUCCCCUGCCCUCCUCCUCCCCCCGCACUCUGCAUGCCCGGCCCCACGCCUGCCCUCAGCGGGGCGCCCCGGCCCUCUGCCUGUGUUAAUCCACUAUAUAUCGCUGUAUUUGCUUCGACGCUGGAGAGUAACGGUUCCCGUGUGAAACUCGGUUCUUUUUCUUUUCAAGGCUACCGUUCAACCGCAGUCCAUGCCACCCACCAGAUCUUCGCACCCACCCAGUAGAUAGCUCAGUGUAGAAACCAGUUCCGCACCUUGGCGGGACCGCGCGGGGAGGGGGGGCGCGGGGAGGGGCCAGCUCUCGACGUCCCCCCACGGCCCCGGCUGUGCAGGGGGGCCACCAGCACCUGAGGCCGCACUCGGCUCUUCCUUGACAACGGGCAUUCUCCUUCUUUCUGUUUCACAAAGUGAUUUAUUUUCUUAACCCUGGACCGACGCCGAGGUCUGGCUCUGUCUCUCUCGUGUGACCGCGCUCAGCCUGUUCUGGGAACGAGCCAGCGAGAUGUUCAUCGGAAACUGACCAAAGACAAUUCACUCCCGGCCUAGUCUCGGGGCCCGGGGCCCAGGCGCCACGGAAGACCUUUAUCUGAUCAAUCAGCUCGCGGGCGGGGGCCCUGUGCCCCCUGCCCUCCCCUCCCCUGCGCUGGGGCGGGGGUGGCGGCCGCCUCGUUCCCUGCUAACGAUCAUCUCACCUCGAAGCGCCUUCGGAAGUGCAAGCUUGGGGACCAGACUUGCACUGGCCUGGGGGGCCCAGCGGCCGCCCGCGGGCCCCUCCGCCCCCCUCCCAGGCCCAGCUGCCAGCGCGGCCCCCUGGGGCCCGGGCCUGGGCGCCCGCGGAGGGACCCUCAGGCCUGCCGCCGUCUUGGUCCUCAUUCUGGGGUGUCUGUCCCUGGUCUCACACACGCGGAGUUUCCGCCCCUGAGCCCGUGACUGUUUCUCCUGGCACCCCCCCCCCCGACGCAGGAAGCAGGGGGCCCCUGCCCUGGGGGGGGCCUUGCUGGGCUUGGGCGGGAGCUGGGGGGGGUGGAGGUGGCUUAGCUGGUUUUCUGCUGUGCAGAGGUAAUGCUGGCGCCGUGUGCCGCCGCCCGAGUUCUCUGGGGCCUUCUCCCUCCUCGCAGCCGGCAGGGCUCCCUGGGUGCCCGGAGGAGUGGGGAGCAGGGACGCGGCGUCCUGGGAUGCUCUGGGAGUGCCCCUCCCCCGCCCCCGUGCCCAGACCCCCCUCCCCCAGCUGCUCCCGAGCCCUUCGGCGGGGACCAGGCUGGGAGGGGCUCGGGGCUCCGUCUGGCCCGGGUUCGGGAGCGGCUGGCCCCUUCGUCCCCUUCACUUCCCUUCGCCCACACCGUGUCAGGAACACGCCGGCCGUCACCACCCCAGGAAGCUGCUGGUCACCCCCGUGAGGGUCCCUGGGGUCGCUGUGCCCGCCUCCAGGCACCCUCUGUCCCCCGCCCGGCCCCCCGCCCGGCCCGACAGCGCCUGGCCGCAGCCCCUGGCCCACUCGGAUGGUGCCUGCUGGUUUGUCGUGGAGCCGCCUGUGAAAUAAAGCCUCGACCUUC